CGUGCAUGCGUUCACCCCGGAAAUAAGGAGCGUCAGCGCUUGCGGGCGCGGCUACCUGUCACCGGUCCCGGUUCCCCGAGGCGGACGACCGUCCUUCCCGGUGGCCGCAGCCGGGCCGUCCCACCGCGCCCGCGACUCGCCCCGCCCACAAGGAGCCAGGACCCGCCGCGGCCGCGGACGGUGAAGACACCCAGACAAGUGGAAGAGUGUUUUCUCCUCUGGCCACCAAGCAGGCACCCUCUGCGUCGAGAGGCACGUGAGGCCCUGGGAGCUCUGGGAGAUGAAGUUCGGCUGCCUGUCCUUCCGGCAGCCUUAUGCGGGUUUCGUCUUAAAUGGGGUGAAGACCCUGGAGACGCGGUGGCGGCCCGUGCUGAGCGGCCAGCGGCACCGCACCCUGGCCGUCCACAUCGCGCACAGGGACUGGGAGGACGCGGCCUGGAGGGAGCUGCUGGCCGGGAGGCUGGGGAUGAGCCCCGCGCAGAUCCAGGCCUUGCUGCGGGACGGGGAGAAGUUCGGCCGCGGAGUGAUAGCCGGGCUGGUUGACAUUGGGGACACUUCGCUGUGCCCGGAAAACUUAGGUCCCAACGAGGUUGCGGAGCUGGAGAAUCAAGCCCUGCUGCCCAACCUGCAGCAGAAGUACCUGACUGCGCUUGCCAACCCCCGCUGGCUGCUGCAGCCUGUCCCCGGGAGAGGCGGGAAGGACGUCUUCCAGGUGGACAUCCCCGAGCACCUGAUCCCCUUUGGGCAGGAGGCCUGACCAGACUGGGCUCUCGAGAGGAAGGUGACCGAGAGACCGGCUCAUUGUGCCACCGUCCACUCGCCUUCACGCCCUGGACGUGCACGUCUGGUUCGGUCUGAAUCGGCCCUGCCCCGGGGAGCGCUGCCCGCUCCGUGCUGUUCACGGAAGCAGACGUGCCCACCUGGUGCAGGGACAGGGGUUGGGACUCUCCUCGUGCGAUGCCGCUCUGGGCUCAGCGACAGAGUCUCGAGGACUUUGACCUUUAGGAAAAGAUGGCAGUGCCACUCGUUUUGGCCCUACUGGUUCUGGGUGGUUGAGAGAGAUGUGUUUUGAGGGGACCAGUUGGCGUUUUCCCCUCUUUGGCCUGGUCAGAACUCCCAGAUGUUUGGACCGCGUCUGGGGAACGAACGAUGGGGGAAGGCCGGUGGCGGGCCUCGUGCACGUGGGAGAGGACCGCAGGCCCAGAAAGAGGGCGCGGUCUGUCCUUGCAGGUGACCCUGGCCCUGUUGUAAAGCGUCCCUUGGCUCACGAAGCGUGUGUGUUAGACGUGCUGCCCGGCCACUUCACGUCCGAAGACAGGCUCCUAAAUACAGCUCUGACGGCAAAGUGAAAA